UUAUGCAAUUUUUUCAUUUUGAACAUCUUCGUGAACAAACUAUUGCUUCCGAAUAAGUAGAUAUUUAAUAUGGAUGGUACAUAUCAACCAACAACAGAACCUACAUCUCCAAAUGAGCGUACAGGCUGUGGUUUUCGAUCAUUGUGGCAGCGCUCACGCGGUAGUCAUGCUGUAAGUCUGACCGAUUCUCAAAGCGAUUCUGAUGAUGAUGAAAACGCACAACCAAAAAAGUCGAAACGGGUUUCAUCAAAAAAGAACUAUAGACAAUUAUGUCGUCCAUUGCCAUGUAUACCGGACCAAGCAUCAGGUGAAGGACCCUCAAGGGCAGCUUCUAAGACCUCCCUGGGUAGUACCUUAGAAAGAGAUGUUGAAACUGAGAAACAGUCACCUCCUGGAAGCAAAUGGAAUUUAGUGCGAAGUAAAAUCAAAAAAGGAACAGAGGAUUUCUUUUGCAUUUGUGAAGAUGAACAACAACGUCAGUUGUUACAGCAAAAAUGGAUGGCUCGUCGUAAACGUUAUUGUAGUAAAAUGUAUGGUCAACUAGUGAAUCGUGAUCAAGUGGAUGGUGGUGCAACACCUGGCUAUGGUAGUGCUCGUAGCAGCAUUAGCCAUCAGAAUAUUAAUUCAAUUGCUCCUGUCAAUGCAGGACAAACACCAGUGUUGCAAAGGGCCAGGAGUCGCAAGGAAUCUGUGGCUUCAAUGGCUUGGCAAGGUCUUAAAGUUAGAAUAUUGGGGGGUGACUUUCCAAGAGCAAUGGCUCAUGGAGAUAUGAUUGGUAAAGGACGAAGUUUUGCUCCUGCAACUCUUGCUAAUUUGACUCGUGAUGAGGAAGAUGGUGUAUUUGAAAGUGCUCCAACAGCCCGAAAUCGUUCCGAGACAUUGAUGAGGUUUUCUUUGAUUUCACCUCUGAGGCCUGCUUCCACCCAAUCCUCCUUGCCUGCAAUUAGGGAAGAUGAUGAGGUGGAUGGACCAAGAGACAAUGCUUCACCAAAGAUCGACAUUGUUCCUGAACUUCCAGAGAAAUUUCGACAAGGAAAUGUAAAAAGGAAUUUUCCUCUGUCAUUGCCAACUAGACAUGGUGUUACACGACCACAGGAAGAACGAGGCCCGCUAACGGGUAUUGUACCCUCCGAUCCUGUACCCCGCUUUGGUCGACAGAUCAGUACAGCAAGCCAGCGUGGUAAUAGGAUAAACAGGUUACCCCAUGCACCACCAGUUCCUAUAUCCAGUAACAGACGACAAAUUGGUAAAGGUUUAGUUGGACGAUGGUUGAAUCGUACCAUUAAGAAGCAGCGACUUACGAGUGAUGUGAAAGAGCAAAUGAACAGUUUAGAAGAUCAUAGGCCAUAUUUCACCUACUGGAUUUCAUUUGUUCAAACAACAAUUCUUAUUAUAACCUUGGCUGUAUACGGCUUUGCUUCAGUUGGUUUCACAGUCACUGAACGUAUUGAAACGGUGCAUCGAAGUCGCGGAGGUUAUUUGACUCAAGAAAAAGUUGUGACUGAAAUACCUGAUAAUUUUUGGAUUGGUCCUUCUAGGGAUGCGCUCAUCCAACUCGGUGCAAAAUAUGCGCCUUGCAUGAGAAAAGACAAAGAAUUGAGUCGUUUGUUGAAGAAGGAAAGAAAAGAAGAAGCAGAAACUGGAUGUUGCAUUGGUACGGAUCAAAAUGGCUGUAUACAAAAAUCUCAAGAACAAUGUAAGAGGACGUUUUCAACAUUGCACAAAUUCUCCGCCAACAACUCUUCAAGAGUCGUAUGUGGUCAAGAUCCUGAAUCGUGUCUUGAUCCACCGUCCGUUAAACCGAACGAAUGGCCUCCAUUCGACAUCACAAAAUGGCCUGUAUGCAAAAAGCUGUCAGACGAAACAAAAAACGACUCAAAUUAUGCCCAUUUGAGCUGUCGUAUUACUGGUCGGCCAUGUUGCAUACGUGAUCAAGCUGAAUGUCGUAUAAUCAGCAAAGAAUAUUGUGAUUUUUUACAUGGUGUGUACCAUGAAGAGGCAACUCUUUGUUCACAGGUUGACUGUCUUGGGGCUACCUGUGGUCUUUUACCGUUCUCCAAUCCAGAAACGCCAGAUCAGAUUUACAGAUUGUGGCUUUCCUUGUUUUUACAUGCUGGGAUACUUCAUUUAUGCAUUACUCUAAUCUUUCACUUCACAAUCUUGAAGGAUAUGGAAAAAUUUGCUGGAUGGUUUAGGAUAGCUAUAAUUUAUAUAUUCAGUGGAAUGGGAGGUAAUCUUUUGAGCGCUUUGGUCACACCAUAUCAACCAGAGGUUGGUCCUUCGGGCGCUCUGUUUGGUAUUAUAGCUUGCUUAUUGGUUGAACUUGUUCAAAACUGGCAAAUCAUCAAGACACCUUUGAAAAACGCCAUAAAAUUAGUUGUAUUAACAUUUAUAUUGUUGCUUGUUGGUUGUCUUCCUUGGGUGGAUAACUUUGCUCAUCUUGGGGGUUUGCUGUUCGGUAUUUUACUUGGUUUUGCCUUUUUACCCUACAUAACUUUUGGCGUAUGGGAUCGUCGUCGUAAGAUCAUUCAAAUCGUUGUUUCCCUUGGUUUGAGCAUCGCUAUAUUCACUAUUUUAUGUAUUCUGUUUUUUGUCGACCAGAAAAGCACUUGUUCCGGCUGUCAUUAUUUGAAUUGCAUUCCAUUGACGGAGAAUUUUUGCUCUCCCGCGCUUGGCGGUCGGGGACUGAGCCCUAGAAUUACUGAUCGAUGAAGAAAAUGAUUUUUUGGAGCAUUAAGAACGAGUAAGGAUUGACUGGGGAUCAACGACAUGUUCAUUGAAUUGCACGUAGUUCACUGAACUAUUGUGGAUAUAUUUGGACAUCGUGACUUUAAAUGGAUGUGGAGGAGCCGUUCAAGUGGACACAGGUCAAAUAAUUUGUAAAAAUACCAGAGGUGGUAAAGAUGUAUAUAUAUGGUUACAUUUGACGAUUUAUGUUGAUUUAUUGAUAUUACGAACAAUGACGUCAUGUUAAAAUCAAUUCAUCAGUUAAUCAGUUAGUUCAAAAACAAGCAAUGGAUAUCUUAGAACGAUGAUGGAUUUUUGAGUACAGUAAAGAAUGAUUGAAAGGUGGUCUAUGGAGAGUACUAAAGAGAUGUUAAAGGACAUCAAUUGAUAUUUGUUCACUCGGGCAGCUGAGAGGUAUGGAGAGAAGAUUGACAUUUUGGUCUUUUCUGACAAUGAAUUCAUCAAAUACAUUAAUUGCCAAAGGAUAAAUUUUUACGUCUUGCAUAUUUUUCCUAAAACCUGUAAAUAAUUAUUUUUCUUAAUGGAAAAUUCGAAAAUUUUCAACUUGACAAAAACGAAGAACUGACGUUUCUGUUGUCGACAUUUUUCGUCUUGAUGUUGUGUGCUAUUGUCACAUGGUGUUGUGUCUUAUUCACGUGCUAAUCAUGUGCAUUGUCUUCAAAGCCGACAUGCGCUAAUAAAAUCUCUGGUUUCGUUUUUUAUAAACAAAUAUGUUUAUUAUUUUAUUUUACGUGUAAAGUUUGGCCGAUGAUUCCAAAUUGUUCAAAAUCUACAUAGCCACAUGUUGAACUGUUUUCGUUUUGACACAUUCAACUACAGAAGAAAAAAAUGAUAAAUUGAAUAAAUGUAAAAUUAUAAAAGAUGACCCUUGAAUAUAGAUACGUCAAUAUUUGGAUGCAAGGUCAACAUACAAGAUAGGCGUUCUUAUUCCAUUUAAUAAUGGUGAAUAUUGUCCAAGUUAUGCUGUAGAUCAUUCCCAAGGGCUGUUGUAUGCUCCUGCUAUACAAGUAGCAAUGGAGGACAUUAAAAAGGACAAGACAUUAAACUUUAACAUAAAUUUGGUGUGGAAUGACACAUAUUGUGAUGAAUUUCUCAGUAUAAAACAGCAAAUUUGGCAACUUAGUAAUGGUGUUGAUGUGUUUGUUGGACCAUUUCUUAAUUGUCUGACAGCAGCCAACAUUGCUUCUGCUUUUAAUAAACCAAUGAUGUCUUUUGUAAGUAUGAAUUUCAUAAUUAUAAUUAAAGACAACUGCUUUAGUAGUCAAAACUUA